CAUAAUUUUAUCACUUGUAGAGCGAAGUUUCGAAGACCAAGAAAACACCGCAUCUUCGAACAAUAUGACGGUCUGGAGCCGAGUUCCUUCGAGGCAGCUUGCUGUCGCGAAAGCGAAUUACAGUGCCCCGGGCAAGGAGCACCACAUCGAUCUGGACGUCGGCGAUACGGUGGUGAUCGAACAGGAGUCCUGCCAGUGGUACUACGGGCAGAACAGCAGCUCCGGCGCGUCCGGUGUGUUCCCGAAGGCGUACGUCCACGCGGUCGACAGCAGAACGUCUCGCGAUGGCGAUCUGGUCAUCCAGCGCAGCGAGAUCGUCGAGGAGAUCACGACGGUGCUGAGAGAGUGGCAGUACCACUACCGCAGCCUGUACCUCGCGACCGAUCGCUGCUUCAAGCAGCUACAGGGCAAAAUGCUCGAGCUGAUCCGGCUGCGCUCGCAGCUACUGUCCGGCAAUCUGCCGGUGGACGAGAUGCGAAACAUCAAACUGAAGGCGACCAGUGAGAUCGAUACGGGCAACAAAAUCCUCCAGCUGGACAUGAUCGUGCGCGACGAGGGCGGCAGUAUCCUGGACAUCGAGCGCACGUCCACGACGCAGCUGUACGAGCAUCACGUGAAUGCGGUGGACCGUAUCAAGCGGGCUAGCACGGCCAACAGCAAGAACCGCAAUCUGGACAUUGUGAACCGCCACUCGCACAACCUGCUCCUGUCGGUGCACAACUUUGUGUGUCGGCUGAGCGAGGAUACGGAAAUUAUGUUCACCCUGUACGAUGGCGACGAGAUGCGGGCCAUCACCGAGAACUACGUGGUCCGGUGGAGCCGCCAGGGCAUGGCGGCAGAUCUGGACCAGUUCAACAACAUCAAGGUGCUGUUUACCGAUCUCUCCGGCAACGAUCUGAGCCGGAACCGCAUCUUUCUGGUGGCGUACGUCGUACGGAUCGGUGCGAUGGACGGCAAGGAUACGGACGUGCGGCGUAGCAGUAUGGCCAACUCGUCCGGCUCGGGGAGCUACAAGAUAAACCGAGGUCAUCUCACCGCACAGAUGAGUACCCCGGGGUCACCGGGUGGUGGUACGGCCGGUGGCGCGGUUAAUACCGCGUCGUCCACCGCAUUCGACCACCACAUGCGCCGACCGUUCGGUGUAGCGACGCUGGAUCUGAAGCCGAUCAUCAAACGAUCGGAAGAUUUCAAAAGUGACACCCAGCUCAAGAUGCCAUUUAUCGCGUGCGAAAAGGAACCGCUGGAGACGACGCUCCGGAAGCUGAUCACCAACAAGGACCUGGGGGAGAAGAGCGAUGCGGCGAUCUGGAUCAGUGUCGAUAUUCUGUACGGUGACAUUAAGCAGGUGCGUGACGAGUAUCCGCACCUGGUGCUGGGAAAUGUGGCGUUCGCCCGCAAGAUGGGCUUCCCGGAGGUGAUUUUCCCGGGGGACGUGCGCAACGACCUCUACCUGACGCUCGUGUCGGGCGAGUUUUCCAAGGGCUCGAAGAGCAGUGACAAAAACAUCGAAGUGACGGCGUACGUGUGCAACAAGGAGGGCGCGGCGAUACCGGGCGUUAUCAGUUACGGUGGCGGCGGUAGUGCGCUGAACGAGUACAAAUCCGUCAUCUACUACCACGAGGAUCGGCCCAAGUGGGGCGAAACGUUCAAGAUCGACGUACCGAUCGAGGAGUUCAAGCAGUGCCAUCUGAAGUUCACCUUCCGGCACCGCAGCUCGAACGAGGCGAAGGAUCGGACGGAGAAACCGUUCGGUUUGUCGUUCGUGCGGUUGAUGAACGACGACGGUACGACGCUGCAGCACCGGCGCCACACGCUGCUGGUGUACAAGAUCGAUCACAAGAAGUUUGACGACGAGUCGCAGUACAACUACCUAAACCUGCCAUCGCUGGCCGAUGAGCUACCGAACGGUAGCAGUAAACCGGCCAUCCAGGGCUUCAGCUUGGCUUCUAAGGAUAGUUUCACGAUCGAAACGAACCUGUGCAGCACGAAGCUUACUCAGAACGUUGACAUCCUGGGGCUGCUGAACUGGUCAUCGCGCAAAGAAAAGAUGGAAGAAUCGUUGCACGCCCUGAUGAAGGUACGCUGCGAGGAGGUCGUCAAGUUCCUGCAGGACAUCCUCGACGCGCUGUUCAACAUCCUCGUCUCGAACGACGACCCCACGAAGUACGACAAGCUGGUGUUUGAGUGUUUGCUGCGGCUGAUCGAAAUAGUGUACGAUCUGAAGUACCAGCACUUCCAGUCGGUGCUGGAUCUGUACAUCAACGAAAGCUUCUCCGCCACCCUGGCGUACGAAAAACUUAUCAACGUGGUCCAAACAGACAUUCGGAAUGCGAUCAACAACAUUUCGAAGGAUCGUACCGUGUCCAACAUCUACACGGUGAACGCGAACGAUGAGAAGCUGUACCGGACGACCAAGUAUCUGCAGUACAUCAUGAAGUUUAUCAUCCGGUCGCGGAUGCUGUUUGCCGAUCUCAAUCAGGACCGCGAUCGGGAACUGUUCGAGGCGAGCCUCGAAGAGCUGCUCGAAUCGUUUAGCGAGCUGAUCAAGUAUCAGAACGAUUUGCUCAAGUCGCAGGGUGCGCUCCUGAAGUACCUGCACAUCAUUGCGUCCGAUCUGAUGCAGGUGUACGAUCCACUGAAGCUGGGCCAAAAGAUUGUUGACAUCAUCACGAACGUACCGGCCGGGCGGUUGAAUCAGUCGAAGAUGACCUGCAUCAAGGAUGUGGUCGAUUCGAAGCUGUUCAAGUUGCCCCAGUGCCGCGCCAUCCUGCUGCCCGUGUUCUGCCAGCAGAUCAAGGACAAGCUGGAAAGCAAGGAAGAGGGUGACUUUAUGUGCGACAUACGGCAGCAGGAGAAAAAUCUUAUCAAAGCAGCCAAAGUGCUGGGGGAAAGCAAGUCCCAGCUUCACACGCGCGAAACCACAGCCAAAACAAAGGUGGCCGAGUGCGUAAAUAUUAUGAACAACAUGCUGGAGCUGCUGUUCCAAAGCGUGGAAGACAUUGGUCCGAUCGAUGGGGACGUACGGGACAUCAUGCUGAUUCUGCUGCGAACGGUCAUCCAGAGCUCGAUCGCGAUGGAUCGCAGUAACCCGCUGGUCGGAAACCUGGUGGCCAUUAUGCUGGGCAUUUUUCGCAGCAUGAACACGGCCCACUACCAGUGCUACGUGCGCAGUUUCCUGACCAGCUACGAUCUGCUGGACUUUCUCACCGAGAUACUGCUGGUGUUCCAGGAGCUCGUCUCGAAGCCCGUCUUCCCGGCCGACUGGCUGGACAUGAUCAUGCACCAGAACACCGUGAUACUGGAGAGCUUGCGGCACUUUGCGGCCAUCAUAAUGGAGCAGUUCUUCAGCCCGUUCGAGAAGCAGGUGUGGUCGAACUACUUCCAGUGCUCGAUAACGUUCCUUACGCAGCCGGCCCUGCAGCUGAACGUGUUUAGCAAAACGAAGCAGUCGGUGAUCCGCAGCAGCUACCGGGACAUCCGGCGGGAGACGGUGUUCGAGAUCCGGAAGAUGUGGUUCAAUCUGGGCGAACACAAGAUCAUGUUCGUACCGCGUCUCGUGGGCCCGAUUCUCGAGAUGAGCCUGAUCCCGGAGGAGGAUCUACGGAGGGCCACCAUACCGAUAUUCUUCGACAUGAUGCAGUGCGAGUACUACAGCUCGCGGUACGCCACGGAGAGCUACGGUGACACGAAGCGCAACACGGCCCACAUCAAGGGUAACUUUAACGACUUCGAGAAGGAAAUUAUCGAAAAACUUGACCACUACAUCGAGGGCGGUUAUGGUGACGCCGAGUACAAGGAUCUGUUCUACGAGAUUAUGCACGAAUCGUGCAGCAAUCACAGUACGCUCCAAACGUACGGUGUGCAGUGUGUGCAGAUACUGACUCGCCUGAUGGAGAAGCUGCUCGAGUACCGGUGUCUGAUACACGACGAAAGCAAAGAGAAUCGCAUGGCGUGCACGGUGAGUCUGCUGCAGUUCUACUCGGACGUGAAUCGCAAGGAGAUGUACAUCCGGUACGUGGACAAACUGUACGAGCUGCACAUGGAGUUUGACAACUUCACCGAGGCGGCGUACACGCUAAAGCUGCACAGCAACGAGCUGUACUGGGACGAUACACCGUUGUCGCUGUUGCUGAAAUCGAAGCGCCACUACCUCUUCUCGACGCACCGCACUCUGAAGGAGCAGCUGUACCGGAGCAUGAUCAAACUGUUCGACCAGGGCAAAAUGUGGGAAUGUGCGAUUGAGCUGUGCAAGGAGCUGGCCCAGCAGUAUGAGAACGAAGUGUACGACUACCUGAGCCUGGGCGAGCUGUACAAGCUUAUGUCACAGUUUUACGAAAACAUCCUACGCACGACGCGCUACGAAUCGAUCUACUACCGGGUGACGUUCUUCGGGCUCGGCUUUCCGGAGUUCUUGCGCAACCAAGCGUUCGUAUACCGGGGCAACGAAUACGAGGACGCCGGUUCGUUCAACAUGCGCAUCCUUAGUCAGCACCCGCGGGCCGAACUGCUGACGACGCUAACGCCCGGGCCCGAAGUGCGGCAGUGCGACGGGCAGUUUGUGCAGAUCGUCAAGGUGGACCCGCUCAGCAAGGACGUUCGGUUCGGGAACAAAAACACACAGACCAUCGCCUCCAAUAUAGUCAAAUUUUACAAAUCCAACAAUGUGAGCGAGUUUCAGUUUUCAAGACCAAUCCGUGACAGUAGCGCCGGUGCCGACGACAUCGCCGGUACAUCGUACGAACGGACGAUCAUGCGCACAACGGACCCACUGCCCGGUAUUCUACGCUGGUUCCCGGUCAAGUGCUGCGAAACGGUUACGAUAACACCACUUGAGAUGGCGAUCGAAACGAUGGACACGAAAAAUCGGGCAAUCCGCGACCUGGUGCUCGAGCACCAGAGCGAUCCGCGUAUUCCGGUCCAUUCGCUCAGUGCCAUCAUCAAGGGCGUAGUCGAUGCAGCGAUCAACGGUGGCAUUCCUAUCUACGAGGAAGCAUUCCUCACACCGCUCUACCUGGAGCGGCAUCCGGGCGACGAUCAUCUGGUAGCGCGGUUGAAGGAUCUAAUCGCCUCCCAGAUACCGCUGCUCGAAGUGGCGCUGCUGUUGCAUAAGAUGAAAACCCCGGCCAGUUUGCUGCCGUUGCACGAUCAGCUGGAAAAGUGUUUCGCCACGAUACAGGUCAAUGUGGAAGCGAAGUACGGCAAGCGGGUCACGGACAUUAAGAUCGAUCGCGAUGCAGAAGUAACGCUCCGUAGGCACAUUUCGGCCGUGCCGCAGAUCAGCAUGGACUCUAGUCGCUUGUCGGAGGCUAGUGUCGGUUCGUCUGACAGCGGAAGUUCGAAGAACCAGAAUAGUCGUCCGACGACGACCAGCUCGGGAGGAUUCAAAAAUACCUUUGCCAAUCUGGCCAACUUCAACACGGUCAAUCUAGCGAGUGACUUGUUCGAGUUUGAUCGAAUAAGUUUGUCCAGCUUCACGGCCAACGGUACGGGUGGGAAAAUCAUUUCCAACCUUUCGACCAAGAUUGGCAGCAAGCUCAGGCAAACGUCUCUUGGCACCUCGCCCGGAUCGAAGGCGAAAAAGGAUAAAACUCUUACGAAGCGCCGAUCGAGUCGAAAGAUGGAUCGUGAGUCACUCAGCUUGUCGGUGUCCAACAGUCAAUUCUACACCAGCCCGAUAUCGACCACAAGCGAGCACAGUUCCAGCGUUAUGUCCUCCGACCGGGAUAGCGGUGGGGCAAUUAGUCUUCUCUCAACCGGCACCGUUACGGUAUCCUCUACGGCGACCACACCAACCAACUCGUUGCAUGUAUUCGAACUAACCGAAGAGCUACACCCAAAGAGACCGCUACGUUCGGAGGUGGAGAAAGAGAAGCGUCUCUCAAGACCACCGAGUAUUGCGACACCUACGAUGAGCAACAAAACGAUACCUGGAUCAGGUGCGCCUACCAACGGCGCAGCCAGCGGAGACACGCACUCGAUCGGCUCGGCGGAAAGCAGCAGUAACCGGAACUCGAUCAUCACGAACGAUUCAACCACGUCUGAGGAGGAUGCAGUGCCGCCACCAUUGCCGUUGAAAACACGCACCGACAGUGACUACACCAAUCUGCCAUCCAGGACGUUCGAGCAACGGUUAUCCCAACAGUCCACUAACGCAAGUCACUACAUAACCUUUAAACCACUGAUGACGUCACUAGACAGUGGGACGGGCCCCAGUUCGCUUUCAGCAGCAACCGUUGUGGCCGUUAAUGCAUCGUACGAUGUGGUUGAAACGCGAAACCACAACAUUUUCGUGAUCAACACGAGCCCGUCAGCGACCUACUCUUCUCCUCCCGCUGGCAACGGUUUAGCGGGAUUAGGAGGAGUCUAUGACGACCGGAAGCGGCCACCGACACCACCACCGAAACCGGCACGAAAUUCUAAGGCAUAGAACGGGACGUGACGGAUUGGUGAUUGAGGCAUUGAGGAUUGUGGUCUGUCGUUUUAAUGUAAUUUAAAAUCGGAUGUGACACUAUUCGAUUGACGGAAUUCGUACGGAACUAGAAGUAGCGCUGCCCAUGCAAGCACAAACCUACAUAUUUAUCAGAUGCACGUAAAGACACUACAGAAUAGAAGGGCAAAGUACAAACGCGGGUAACGAUAACUUAGUCUUCUUGCAGAUGUACUAUUUUCUUAACAGGUUUACGUUAAAGGUAAAGACAAAAGAAGAGUGAGAACUACGGCCUAG